AUGGAAAAGCCGAGUGCAAGCUUUAACUUUGAUAAGAUACCAAAGUUCAUAAUGAAGCUUUAUAAGGCCACCAGUGACGAGAAGUACAAGGGAAUAUGCUGGACGCCUGAUGGGCUCAAGAUUCACAUAUAUGACAGAGAUGUAUUUGUGAAGGAGACACUUCCUCUUAUAUCCAAGACCAGAGAGUUCGGAACGUUUGUCCGGAUGCUGAAUAGCUAUGGAUUUGUUAAGUCCAAGGACAUUGAGGAGGAGGAUAUAUACUAUAACAAGAACUUCAGGAGAGGAAGAGAGGAUCUUCUAGGGAUUGAUGACUCACUUAGGAUGAUCAAGAGAAAGAAGUCGAACGACAUUCGGAUGGGAAUUGGAGAUGGGUCCCUGAAGGAGGUUGUGGAGUACCUAUAUGUGCAGAACCAGGAGCUGUACACAGAGCUGUCUGCCUGCAAGGAACGGAUAGAGAGGCAGGAAAGGACUCUCAACGGUCUUAUAGAGAUUCUUUCGAGGGUUUUUAGGACAAAUUCCCAGGACUUCGGGGCUCGACUUAAGCCCAGUAACCUUAACCUUCAUAAUGAAAUGGAUCUUUUCCUUGGGGAGCUGUCCGGGCCUCUUAAGGACGGAUAUGAAACAUCAUCAUCCAGGCCUCAGGAGAAAAGUAUCCCAGGGCUGUCCUUUAAGUCCGGAGAGAAUCCUCGUGGAGAUUCUGAUUCCAAGAGUGAUGGAUACGAUGCUUUCUUUUAA